AAUUCAAAUUUUUUUCUUCAUGAUCUGCCAGUCAGUAUUGGUUUUGAUAAAAUACUUCGUGGUAGAUAGGGAUAUUAUCGGCUGAGGAGUUAAAAAGUUAAUAAAGUUACUAAUAUUCAGCUAAAGCUUAUAAAGAUUGAUCAUUACGUUACACUGUAGGUUUUGUACUUUUAAUUUCAUAUACAACUUAAAGAAACAAUCUACAAGGUCAUAUAUUAGAAGAAGAACUUGUAUCAUUGAGUCAAAAAUUGACAUAACUCUAAUGACGUUCUGUAUUUACUUACCUCAAAGUGCUUUGUGACACACAUCCACCGCGACAUUAAUUUAGCUAUCAAAAUUUUACGUCAAUAUGGAAGCAAGAUCAAAAAUUAGUUUAACGUGUGUAUGAAUUCAAUGAAUCACAUAAGUCAUUGUAACCUACGACUUUGCUCACGCAACGAGGGUAAGAUCAAAUCGUACGAGUCUUGCCGAGACGUCAGGGCAUGGAGUCAUGACGUGCAGAAGCGCGACCAUUAUCUCAGGGAAUGGAUAAAGUGCGACAUGCCGAUUUGCGUAUUACCCACUAGCACUUUAGCCAGCUUCUUAAGAACCAUGACAUGUCGAAGUCGAGGCAGGGCUACGCCCCGUUGUCAUCCGGAUUGCAAAUCAAAAGUUGUUCUUGAUAGCAUUUGCAAUUCAUGUCAUGUUAUAAAAGAAUGUUUUAAAAAUGAAGAGGAAUUCGAAAAGUAUUUUGAGGAUGAGGAAUUUGAAACCAGCCAUUGGCCCUGUGAAAGAUGUUUGGAAGCCCUAAAAAGCAUAAAAAUGUUUUGGAAAAUUAUAGUUGAAAAAAUAUUUAAUGUGAACGUCUCAAAAGAAGAUGAUAAUUGCAACGAAUGCUGUCGUACAAGCAGUGUGAGAUCUGUAGCAAAAAUUUGGCAGACCGAAAUGGUGCACCAAGCUUUGUUUGUGAAGAAUAUUACACCGCUAUUAAGCCGUACGCCCAAUAUCCGAGGCACUUGUCUUUGGAAAGGCACCAAGACAGUGAAAAAAGAAGUCGCGCCUUGUAACUUAAAGCCAUGCAUUAUUCAAGACGGUAGCGACGAACCCAAAAAGGAACCUUGUAAACUUAAAAAUUUCACAAUUAAAUCAUACAAAGUACAAUCAACAGACACUGAUUGUUUAUCAAAUCCUAUGGUGAUCAGGCCUUCAAAAACAAAUAAGAAAACGAACAGACAGUGUUCAGCGAAGGUGAAGAUGGUUGAGACGGGAUGCGAGGCAUGCGGUGAACCAUGCGACGAUAUAAAAGCAUACAAGAACAAUUGUGAGAUUUUACAAGAAAAGUGUAACUGCCAAAAGAAGGAAAUAGAUAAACUUAAGCGAGAGAAUAGUUCAUUAAAAAUUGAAUUACAAAAUGUGUAUAAAAAUUCUUCAUGGAAAUCCGCAUUUUAUACACCCUCAUCGUGCACGGGUAAAACAGAUUCCGUCGCUCUCUUGCCAAAACCUUUUGAAUGCUGUCCAGAAGAGAACGCAGACAGCCGUCAUGUCAAAGACAUUGAUUCAGAAAUGUACAUAACAAUUAAAAACUGUACAAAUGAGACUUACCGACACAUUUCGUUGCUGCAAGUACUUCACAAGUCGAACGGUCCAAUAUUAAACGACAUGAAUCUGGAUAGUUCAUGCUGUUAUAGGAAAGAAGAUCCUAUCGAGGUGUUGACAAAAGUUCAAAACACAUUCGGAGAGAUUGUGAAGCAUGAAAUGAAUAAAGCCAACAACAAAAAGUGUACAAAAUGCAACUUGGUUGACAUAAAUGCUUCUUAUCACAAAGUGAAUGGACCCCGGUCUGUCCCGUCGUGUUCAACGAUAACGUUGGCCAGUUCAGACUCGCAUGGGGUAAGUUUGAGUUUCAUUAGGUAUUGGAAGGAGGCAUAGGAUAAAUACUCUUGCAGUUAUGUAAGUCGAGGACACACAACACGACUUAGAGCAGCAUCUAUUUCACAACUUCUGUGUUAAGAGGUGUCCUAACUUCGUACUUUCAGAAUCCAAGGAGAUGACAAGGCAUUUUUUUUCUUUCAUCGAGAAAUUAUUUUUUAUUUAUUUUAUGUCCUAAACCUAAGGGUGUGUUACAUUGCACUUGAACCCUGCUAUAGAAGAAACAGCUUGUCGUAUGAGGUUCUCUGAAUACCACACACUUUUACAUUUACACAUUCUAGUUGACCACUGGUUUAGUCAAUAACCUGCGUAAUUUAUUUACUAAAAACAUCGCUGGCAGCAUUUUAAUUUUUGGUAAUUUACCCUGAUACCUGCAAAGUUUGUAUUGGAGCCAUGAGAGGGAUAGAAAAAUAACUACCUACAGUAAAUUGAGCCCUAAAUGUUUCUUAAUUAGGACACGUU